AUGGCCACUUCCAACUGUUCUCUUGAUCUAAUGGCUGAAAAAGGAGGGUGGCUUUGUCCUCUUGGGGAAAAGUGUACCAAUCUGACCCCGGGCAUGAACGGCAGCAGCAUCGAUCUGGACGAUGCAUGCUUGGCAGGCUACCUGGAAAAAUAUCUGGGUCCUCGUCGAUCAACGGUGUUCCUCCCGGUCUGUCUCAUCUACCUGCUGAUCUUUCUGGUGGGCGUCUUGGGGAAUGUGCUGACCUGCAUUGUCAUUGCACGCAACAAGGUGAUGUGGACGCCAACAAACUACUAUCUGUUCAGCCUGGCGGUGUCAGACCUGUUGGUGCUGCUGCUUGGCAUGCCGCUGGAGCUGUAUGAGCUUUGGCACAACUACCCCUUUCUCCUGGGGAAGGGAGGUUGCUACUUCAAAACCUUCCUAUUCGAGACUGUAUGCCUGGCAUCUAUCCUGAACGUGACGGCACUAAGUGUGGAGCGCUACAUUGCUGUGGUGCACCCGCUGCGCGCAAAGUACGUUGUGACACGCACUCACGCCAAACGGGUCAUCCUCACGGUGUGGGGUGUGUCAGUGAUGUGUGCGGUUCCAAACACCAGUCUGCAUGGGAUCGCCAGCCUUUACAGUCGCUCCAUCGGUCAAGCUGGGAACGGAAAUGUGGAAAUCCCUGACUCCGCAAUCUGUACCCUGGUGAAACCACUGUGGAUGUACAAUCUGACCAUCCAGGUGACCACUGUGCUGUUCUUCGUUCUGCCCAUGCUCAUCAUCAGCGUUCUCUACCUGCUGAUCGGGCUGCAGCUGAAGCGAGAGAAGAUGCAUCAGGCACUGGAGGCCAAGACGGGCUUUGGACAGGACAGCUUCUGUAACAUCCGCACACAGCAGCAGAAGGCACGUCGCCGACAGGUCACAAAAAUGUUGUUUGUGCUCGUGGUGGUUUUUGCAAUCUGCUGGGCCCCCUUUCACACUGACCGCCUCAUGUGGAGUUUCAUCCAUGACUGGACCGAAAACCACCUGGAGAUCUUCCAGUAUGUGCACAUCAUCUCCGGUGUGUUUUUCUACCUCAGCUCAGCCGUCAACCCGAUCCUCUACAACCUCAUGUCCACGCGCUUUAGAGAAAUGUUCAAGGAGGUCAUGUGCCAUCGGCCGCUUCUCGUCGCUCCCAGGAAAUACUCUCUCAGUGUCACCCGGGUGACACUCCGCAGCACCCUGAGUGAUGCGCCACUCGGCAAUGGUGUUGUGGUUGUUGAAGCCGAGGCAGAAGAUGGGGAAGCGAGGGUGAAGAAUGAGACCAAUUUUACAACUUAACUUAAGGGGUCAGUCUUGGAGGACAUGGGAGGGUGGCAUGGUGGACGGAACAAGUCUCUCGUUCUGAGUCACUGCAUCCGUCAGCUGUCAUCAACAUCCACUACGAACAGGUGCAUCAGCUAAAUAUAGAAUCGUCUGAGUGGAGGAAGUGCAGGUGGGCAAAGCACUCAUCAGCUGAAACUGUCACUGCAGCAUAAGUGUUACGAUGCUGCUCAUGAAAACUUAACCUGUAACUCAGCAAAUCACACAUUGAAGUUUAACAUCUCAUUUCUUGCAGUGCCACAGUUCAAACCUAAAGGCUCUCAAGUCACAGGAAACAGUGCAGUUUACCAUAGUGAAGGACAAAACUGAUGUGAACGAGCAAGCACACGCAAGACUGCUUCUGUUUCCCAAUGAAAACGUUCUAAAGUGGUUCAUGGUUCAGCGAACAUAAAAAAAAAACUCCCUAUCGCUCAAUUUCUGUGAGUUUUAACCUGCAUAUAUGCCAGAUUCUAAAAUAACUCCAUUGAUCUAACAGUUUCAGUCUUAUUAAAGUCUAUAUGGUGACCCUGCAUGACAUAUAACAAUACACCAAUGACAACAAAUCAUGCUAGCUGAGGGAAAUAUUAAAAGAAUUUUGAGAACUCAAAAGGGUUAGGGCUAGUUCACUCGCUCCGUUGCUGUUUGUUAGAAAGACAUGUCAUGUAAUUUCAAAUGAAAACAUAUUGUUUGUUCGUUCUGUUUGGAAAAAUACUGUACAUUCAAUUGAUGAUUCCACAUUCCUUUAAAAAUGUUGCUGAUGGUCCAGCCCAGAAAGAAUUUUAAAAUGUAUAUAUUUAUAGAUUUGGUCAUGAACAGGAAGCUGAAGUGUAUCUCAAUGUUAGAGUCUUGACAAAAACCUGGAUCUUGUGCAUUUGUUUGUGUAGAAACAUGUAAAAAAUGGCUUACAUGUAUAAAAAUGAGACGAAUAGCUGCUAGAUGAGGGAAAAUCAAUAUCUUGUUAACAUGGUCAACUACACUGUAAGUAGGGUAAUUAUUUCUACCAAAUUAUUAAUUCUGUAUAUAAUCUGUAUAUAACAUGAAAUAGCUAUGUUUGGUUUUUCAGCCCCAUGUAAUGUUUACAUCAGUGUUCAUGUAAUUUCUGCUGAGUGUCUCCUGCUUUUUACAGUGUAGAAGUCUGUUGUACUUUAUGAAGACAUAUGCCGUUGUUUUGUUUUUUUACAGCAGCAAUUUGUAAAGUGCAUUCAAAAAUCAUUUGUACCAUUUCUCUAUGUUGCCUUGUGUUUUGUAGGAAGCCAGUAUGCUUUCAAAUGCUUUAGUGGCUAUAAGCGCUCUUAAAACUUGCUGAACAAAAGGUGGUGAUUUGUCUAAGCGUCUUCAUCUCUCAGCUCAUAUUUUUAGCUUGUGGCUCUCUCAGUGUUACAUCAUCCCCAAAAAAUUGAAUUGUUACCCGUAACGUUGAAAGCUGCAGAAAUAAAG